CGCUUCCCUGCGCCCGACUUUUCAUAGGCUGGGAGAGAAAAGGUUGAGAAACUUGACAUUGUCUUGGGCAGAGUGCGUGUAGCAACAGAUCAAAGAAAAAGAGGCAGAAAACGUGCUCGGAGCUGCUGGCGGAUUUCGCUGAGAGUUGCUUUUGUCUUGCGGGCUUCUGGGGGUUCGGGGUUUGCACUCUUAAACGACUGUGGUGUGGGCUUCCAUGCAGCUCGCUCCCUGCCGGAUGGAUCAUGGGAUUCUAAACAUGAGGCAGAUAGCUGAUCAGCUUCCUGGGAUUUUGCUGAUGACACAGGAGAGCUUUGCCUGAAGAUGGAAACACUGGAGUCGGAACUGACCUGCCCUAUUUGUCUGGAGCUCUUUGAGGACCCUCUCCUGCUGCCCUGCGCACACAGCCUCUGCUUCAACUGUGCCCACCGCAUCCUCGUGUCACAUUGUGCCACCAACGAGCCCGUGGAGUCCAUCACCGCCUUCCAGUGCCCCACCUGCCGGCAUGUCAUCACCCUCAGCCAGCGAGGUCUAGACGGGCUCAAGCGCAACGUCACCCUGCAGAACAUCAUCGACAGGUUCCAGAAGGCAUCAGUGAGCGGGCCCAAUUCCCCCAGCGAGACCCGCCGGGAGCGGGCGUUUGACACCAACACCAUGACCUCCACUGAGAAAGUUCUCUGCCAGUUCUGUGACCAGGAGCCUGCCCAGGACGCUGUGAAGACCUGUGUCACUUGCGAAGUGUCCUACUGUGACGAGUGCCUAAAAGCCACUCACCCAAAUAAGAAGCCCUUUACAGGCCACCGUCUGAUUGAGCCCAUUCCAGACUCCCACAUCCGGGGGCUGAUGUGUCUGGAGCAUGAGGAGGAGAAGGUGAAUAUGUACUGUGUGACCGACGACCAGUUAAUCUGUGCCUUGUGUAAGCUGGUUGGGCGGCACCGCGAUCAUCAGGUGGCAGCUUUGAGUGAGCGCUAUGACAAAUUGAAGCAAAACUUAGAGAGUAACCUCACCAACCUUAUCAAGAGGAACACGGAACUGGAGACCCUGUUGGCUAAACUCAUCCAAACCUGCCAACAUGUCGAGGUUAAUGCAUCACGUCAAGAAGCCAAACUGAUGGAGGAGUGUGAUCUUCUCAUUGAGAUCAUUCAGCAAAGACGACAAAUUAUUGGAACCAAGAUCAAAGAAGGAAAGGUGGUGAGGCUCCGGAAACUGGCUCAGCAGAUCGCCAACUGCAAGCAGUGCAUUGAGCGGUCAGCAUCACUCAUCUCCCAGGCGGAACAUUCUCUGAAGGAGAACGACCAUGCCCGCUUCCUGCAGACUGCUAAGAAUAUCACCGAGAGAGUCUCCAUGGCAACUGCUUCCUCCCAGGUUCUAAUUCCUGAAAUCAACCUCAAUGAUACAUUUGAUACCUUUGCCUUAGAUUUUUCCCGAGAGAAGAAAUUGCUAGAAUGCCUGGAUUACCUUACAGCUCCCAACCCUCCCACGAUUCGAGAAGAGCUCUGCACAGCUUCUUACGAUACCAUCACUGUCCACUGGACCUCCGACGAUGAGUUCAGCGUGGUCUCCUAUGAGCUGCAGUACACCAUCUUCACCGGACAAGCCAACGUUGUUAGUCUGUGUAAUUCAGCCGAUAGCUGGAUGAUCGUGCCCAACAUCAAGCAGAACCACUAUACGGUGCACGGUCUGCAGAGUGGCACCAAGUACAUCUUCAUUGUCAAGGCCAUCAACCAGGCAGGCAGCCGCAGCAGCGAGCCUGGGAAGCUGAAGACAAACAGCCAACCAUUUAAGCUAGACCCCAAGUCUGCACAUCGAAAACUGAAGGUGUCCCAUGAUAACUUGACAGUAGAACGUGAUGAGUCUUCAUCCAAAAAGAGUCACACGCCUGAACGCUUCACCAGCCAAGGGAGCUAUGGCGUAGCUGGAAACGUGUUCAUUGAUAGUGGCCGGCAUUACUGGGAAGUGGUCAUAAGCGGAAGCACAUGGUAUGCCAUUGGCCUGGCCUACAAAUCGGCCCCGAAGCACGAGUGGAUUGGGAAGAACUCGGCUUCGUGGGCGCUCUGCCGCUGUAACAAUAACUGGGUGGUAAGACACAAUAGCAAGGAAAUCCCCAUUGAGCCAGCCCCCCACCUGAGGCGCGUCGGCAUCCUGCUGGACUACGACAACGGCUCUGUCGCCUUUUAUGAUGCUUUGAACUCCAUCCACCUCUACACCUUCGACAUCGCCUUUGCGCAGCCCGUGUGUCCGACCUUCACUGUGUGGAACAAAUGUUUGACCAUUAUAACUGGCCUUCCAAUCCCAGACCACUUGGACUGCACGGAGCAGCUGCCGUGAGCGUUUGGCCACGUGGAGCUGCUGUCUGGGGCAGGAAAAGAUGCAUGGCCACCAUUUAGGGGACUGAGAAAGCACAGGCUUCAAGAGCCUAACAAAAUCUCACCAAAAAGUGUCCCAAAAUUGGCUCAGAUAGGUCUGAAAACGGGCACCUCCCCUCCUUUUGCUGUGUUUUGUAUUAAGUACAGGCUUUAAUAAUGUCUUCAAACUUUUUUUUUAUUAUUUACAGGAAAAUUUAUAGAUUAUUUAUAAAAGAAACAUAAUCAGAUUACAACCCUUAGGAAUUCUUUGGUUUUGCACAUUAAGAAGCCCAUUUGCUCGAGUUUACCAGCUCUUUGUAACCUUUAUUGCAUCACAGUCUAUGGGCUUGAGAAAAAAAAAUUAUCUUUUGUAGUUUUGUGCAUUUGUUCAUUUUCUCACAUCAUA